AUGCAAAGCGAAUCUGCGCCUCCGCCGGGAGGCUUUGUCCCGCCGGCCGCCGGCCUGCUCUCCCCGACGCCCUCGACAGCCUCCUCACCAGCCGCGGCCUCACUACCGGCGCCGCGUCGAACACCGCUGCGCCCGGGCGGCAGCAGAGAAGACCAGGUGCGGCGCGACCUCGAGGAAGCCCUGCUGAGCAUCUCGCGCCGCUACGUAAAGAAGUUCAGCGGCCCGGACCCCGCCGGCCCCAUUGUCGGCUUCACCACCUUUAGCGAGGUGGCGGCCGCGCUGAGCCAAGUGGUGGACACAUUAUGGCGCUCCGGAACCCGUACGUCAAAGCUGCUUCUCUCUCUCUAUAACAACAGGAGCCGCCACGAGAAGGACUUUUUGAAGGCUGACGGCUCUAGCCAUUCUGCAAAUACCAUUUCUUCUGAGAAUAUGCGGCGACUUUACGCACUCCUCGGCAAGCUGGACCACUGCUUCGCCAGUCUGCUGUGCGGCAAGGACAUUGUCACGCAGGAAACGCUUCCUGGCUUUGAGAAUGGCCUGCGUGGCGGCAUGACCAUGACAGACAUGGUUCGCUGCCGCAGCCUCGUGGAGCAGACGCGGGUUCUCAUUGUCGAGAUUAUGAGCAGCGACGAGUCUGACGACGACGACGACGAAGACUAUGAUGCCGGUUAUGGUGAGGAUGAUGAUGAUGACGACGACGACGAUAUGAAUGACCUUGAUGCCGACGACGACGAAGAUGGUCCUCUCGCCUCGGUCCAUCUCGACGCAGCUCGCGUUUUUGAAAAUACCAUUAUCCAGCUCAACAACAGAUUAGGAGACGGCGGACUAGCCUCGACAUGA